AUGGCUGGAGCGUCCACGGUCUCGGUCUCGCUCCCUGAACUCCGGUCACUCCUAACAUCAGGCCGGGCCCGGCUCUUCGAUGUGAGAUCUCGGGAGGAGGCUGCAGCGGGAACCAUCCCAGGGGCAGUCAACAUCCCGGUGUCCGAGUUGGAAAGUGCCCUGCAGAUGGAGCCAGCUGCAUUCAAAGCAUUGUACCGCACUGAGAAGCCAAAGCAAGAAGAUGAGAAUCUUGUUUUCUUCUGUCAAAUGGGAAAACGGGGCUUCCAGGCCACACAGCUGGCCCGGCGCCUUGGAUACACAGGGGCUCGAAACUAUGCUGGGGCCUAUAAGGAAUGGUUCGAGAAAGAGGGUUAG